CGCAGACGCAUCCUAGCACCGUCCCAGGGCGCCAUGGUACUACACCGCGUAAGGUAGCCUCACGUGACGCUUCCCGCCGCCAUCAGGUAGCCAGACUCCGUACGGGAGGGACGCGGCGUAGCCAUGCUGAAGAAACUCACCGUGGAGCAGAUCGCCGAUUGGUUUACCAUCGGUAAGGAGGUGUCCGAUGUGAAGAUCCUGGGCACCUGGUCCGAUCCCAGGCGUCAGCCGGCGGUCCAAGAGGGAGAGGAGAGCUCCAAGUCUAAGCGGUUGCAUGCUACAAACUCAUAUGUUGAGGAGUUUAGACAUUUGGAAGAGCAAGAACUACAGUUGUACAGUAAUGAUCAAGCUCACUUUCACAAGCCAGAACUUGAACAGAUUCCCGUGCCAGACCCCAAUUUCAAAUAUUCGUUGUUGCCAAUAUUGAAGAGCAGAAAACAUCUGAUUACUCAAAUUAAGAACAAUUCAGUUUUGGUUAUACAUGGUGCCACAGGCAGUGGGAAAAGUACACAACUGCCACAGUAUGUCCUGGAUUACCACAUGCAGCGCUCUACAUACUGUAACAUUGUGGUGACACAGCCCAGGAAGAUCGCUGCAUGCAGCAUUGCCACAUGGAUCAGCAAGGAGAGAAACUGGCCACUGAGUGGUUUAGUGGGUUAUCAGGUGGGACUGGAGAAAAAAGCAACAACUGACACGCAUUUGAUUUAUGUGACAACAGGCGUUCUUUUGCAGAAAAUAGUAGGUGCCAAGAGUUUAGUAGAGUUCACGCACAUCUUUAUUGAUGAUGUCCAUGAGCGAACUGAAGAAAUGGACUUUUUGUUGAUGAUUGUACGCAAACUCUUACUUACCAAUUCACGAAUGGUGAAGGUCAUUUUGAUGUCUGCUACUAUAAACUGUAAGGAAUUUGCUGACUAUUUUGCACUGCCGAUUCACAACCAGCUGGUCCCAGCAUGCAUCUUCAAUGUUGAAGGCAAUCCGUAUGAUGUUGAAGUGUUUUAUCUGGAUGACUUAAAGCAAAUUCCCAGAAUUAAGUUGCAGAGUGCAGUGCAACACUUUGAUGAUCCGAUGAUAUGUAAGGAAAUCUAUGAAGUCGCAACAGCCUUGAUACAGUUAUUUGAUGAAAUGGAGAUGGGGGAACAAAGGCAAAAGAAGAGCUUAUCUAGGUCGGACGCUGAACCCAACAGUGUGUUGGUGUUUUUGCCAGGAUUAUUUGAAAUUAACUAUAUGCACGAGCUGUUCACGAGCAUGGUUCAUAAAAGACUGCAUGUGUACCCACUGCAUUCAAGCAUCACCCUUGAUGAACAAAACAUGGUUUUCAUGGCUCCAGUGUUUGGCUACAGGAAGGUUAUUUUAUCCACAAACAUCGCUGAGAGCUCUAUAACCGUUCCCGAUGUGAAGUAUGUCAUAGACUUCUGCUUGACAAAAACACUGGUUUGUGAUGAAGAGACGAACUAUCAGAGUUUGAGGCUCAGCUGGGCAUCCAAGACUAACUGUGAUCAGAGAAAAGGUCGAGCGGGACGUGUUUCAAAAGGAUAUUGCUACAGGCUUGUGCUGAAGAAGUUUUGGGAUAAUUUCAUGCCUGAAAACAUUGCACCAGAAAUACUGCGAACCCCUUUGGGAAGCACAAUUUUGAAGGUGAAAAUUCUUGACAUGGGUGAGCCUAGAGCAUUGCUUGCUACAGCUCUCUCCCCUCCUAAUGCUUAUGACAUUGAACGCAACAUACUUUUGCUCAAGGAGGUCGGUGCUCUUGCAGUGAGUAGAAACCAGGAGGAUAAUCCAUACGAUGGGGAGCUCACAUUUUUGGGAAGAGUUCUCGCGCAGUUACCGCUUGACUUACAGCUCGGAAAACUGAUUGUUCUAGGACAUGUUUUUGGCUGUCUGGAUGAAUGUCUUAUUAUAGCUGCAGCACUGUCACUCAGGAACUUUUUUGCAAUGCCCUUCAGACAGCACCUUGAUGGAUACAGGAGCAAGCUAAGUUAUGCUGGUAAUAGUAGAAGUGACUGCAUCGCACUUGUUGAUGCCUUCAGGUUUUGGCAGGAGUGCAAGGAGAGAGGUGAUCUUAGAUUUCCUAAGGAGGAAAUGGAAUGGGGCAAAUCAAAUUACUUUCAGAUAAGAAGAAUACGAGAGGUGGCUGCUCUAUAUGACGAACUUAAAAAGCGCAUUGCCCAUUUCAACAUGCGUGUAACUCAACAGCCACCCAAGGAUCAUGUGUACAAACACAAGCAGCUCUUUGUCCUCCAGAUUGUGAUCGCUGGGGCUUUCUACCCAAAUUAUUUCACUUAUGGGAAACCAGACGAAGAACUUGGUGUUCGAGAACUAGGAGGCAAGGACCCCAAAACUACAAUUUUGCUGAAGAAUGUACCACCCUAUGGAUUUCUGUACCACAAGCAGAUACAGUCUCUCUUCAGACAGUGUGGACAAGUGAAAGCUAUAUUAUUUGAUGGGUCAAGAGCUUUUGUAGAGUUUUCUCGCAACUCCACUGAAAGGUUCACAACACUUAAGGCAGUCCACCUGGCAAUUAAAACAGCACAGCUGAGAGUUACUCUGCCCCUCAAUGUCCAUUCCGAUGAGACCAUUGAAAUGUAUUCUAACAAAGAUGACGUUGGUGCUUUAAAAUUUAUCAGAGUUGUUGUUGAUUUCCACAAACAGACUGUCGAACCAAUACACAUUUCCAAGUCUUGUAAGGAACAGUCAGAAAUCAAAUCUGGACUUAUUUUGUCUGUUACCGUUACAGAGGUGGUUGAAGUUGGCCAUUUCUGGGGUUACCGAAUUGAUAAAAGAAACUUGGAUGUUCUAGGCCAACUAGCUGAAAAAAUCAGUCACCUUGCUUUGUUGCCUUUGUCUAUACGGCCUCAUCCAGAUCUAGUCUGCUUGGCACCAUUUAACAAUUUUGAUUUGACAAAGUACAAUAGAGCCCAGAUACUGUACCUCUCUGGAAGAGAGGCUGUGGUUUUCUUUGUGGAUUAUGGAAACCAGUCAAAAAUUGAUCUGAACCUUUUGAGGGACAUUCCCAGUUAUCUUUUGGAUCUUCCAUUUCAGGCUCUGGAGUUCAAAAUCUGCAAAAUGAGGCCAUCCGUGAAGUCAAUAAUUUGUGGAGGACAGUGGAGUCGUGCAGCUACCAUGAAGUUUAACUCAUUAGUCAAUGGUUGUGUGCUUGUGGUAAAAGUGUUCUCAGUUGUACACAACAUUCUGCAUGUCGAUGUCUUCAGAAACAGUGAAAAUACUGAGGAACUCAGCAUAAGAGACUUGCUUAUUGCAGAUGGUUAUGCAGAAGCUGCUGAAGAGUCUUAUGAAUCAAAACAAAGCAACGAUGAACUGACAAUACCGUUGUCAGCCAGUAGCUGCGAUAUGCAGCCCAUGCACACUUCUGAUGAGAAAAAGAACAAAGAUCUGCUUGACAAACUACUGGAAAGCUAUCAAAAUAAUCAGUUUGGAAGUGCAAAUAGUAAGAUUAAUCUUCACGGUCCUUACCACCCCUAUACAGUCAGAUUUUAUAGUAUGACAAAGGUUGCCAAAUUCAGGUCCGUUUUGAUUGAGAAAGAAAGUGUCAAUUCUGUGUUAGUCAAUGACACACCAGAAGCCACUCAUCAGAGAAUGUUUGUUGCUGCAUCACUGUCUGUAAACGCAUCCGGUUCCCAGCUAAUGUUGCGAGAAACGUCCCUGCUUCCUUCCAUUCCAGGGUUACCUGCUCUCGUCAGCAUGUUGUUUGCUCCUGUUAUAGAGCUGAGGGUUGAUGACAAGAGAAAAGAGUAUACAGGGGUCAUCUGUGGUUUGGGCUGGCUCUACAAAGAUCUUGCAGUGUGGCCGGAGCAUGAUCUAGAACUGGCUUUCGAUGCUCGUAUUGAUGUUGAUGACUUAGUGAAGAUCAAUUUGAUAAGGUCGGCUAUUAACAAGAUAGUUGGCCACAGUCAUGAUGGUUCCAUUAGUUCUGGGCGUGAGAGGACUGCAUGGCUUCAGGAAGAGGUCCGCGACCAUCUGAUAAAUUUAUUUCAAAAGGAGAAAUCUCGAGAAGUGAUUCCUGAGAAGUGGUAUCGUAACCUGUACCAAUGGAAUGAGAUUGAUCCAAGAUACCUCAUUGACCAGUCAGGACAAACUGGAGAAGAGGCAAACUCUUAUAUUUACCAGUUGCACAAGCUUGUAAUGUUAAAUCCAUAAACAUGGUACCUGUUUGGAACACGGGUUCAUUCUUCGAAGAAAAAAAAAGGUCACCGUUUGAUGCCUAAAGCUUAAGUUUAAAAAAAAAAAAAAAAGUAAUGUUAAUGUGAGUUAUCAAAGUGUGCAUCCAGGUUUGAUUUUUCAUUUAGCACUUGAAGCAUAAGAUUAAAAAACAAACCAUGUUAAUGUGAGUUAUAUGUGUGAAAUCAGGUUUGAUUUUUGUUUAUCUUGUUUAUUUAGUCACUAUCAGUUGCUGAAUAACUUCUAAUAAACAGUUGCAAAAAG